CAUUCAUUAAAAUUCAUCAACCACAUGCUCCAAACGACAACGACAACGACAACGAUGAUGCGUGCUGUUGCGGUUGUGCUUGCUGCCCUCAUUGCUGUUGUGGGUGUGGUGGCUGAGGCAGCCCACCUACCACCAGCAUGGGCCAUGAAUGGCGAGUUUGGUCAGUCCAUGCAGCACCUGCUCACAGACGUGAAGGGCUCUCCACUCUACUUUGAUUUCUUCCUGGACCACUUUGAUCACAGCUCCCCCACAUUCCGUGGCCGUUACUACAUUGACGACUCCCAGUUCAAGAACGGCUCCGUCUGCUUCUUCUACAUGGGCGGCGAGGGUCCCAACACCGGUAUCCGCAACGACUAUGUCUCCUACCUGGCCAAGCAGUACAAGGCGCUCAUCGUGUCCAUUGAGCACAGAUUCUAUGGCGAUUCUGUGCCCUUUGAUGACUUUAGCGUCACCAACCUCGAGUACCUCACUUCUCGCCAAGCGCUGGCGGAUGCGGCACAGCUGAUCAAGCACGUCAACUCGUCCGACACAUACAAGUGCAGCGCCUGGUUUGCUUUUGGCGGGUCGUAUUCCGGCGCCCUCAGCGCGUGGUUCCGCGUCAAGUACCCAGACGUCAUUGUUGGCUCGCUCUCCAGCUCUGGUGUUGUCAACGCCAUCCUUGAUUUUACGGCGUUUGACGUGCAGGUGAGGAACGCCAUUGGCUUUUCCUGCACCAAGGAUCUUCAGCGCGUCACAGCCGCUUUCGAGACGGCGCUCAACAAAUCCGACAAGAGCAACGCGCACGCCAAGGCGCUCUUCAGUGUUCGUGCAGACAUCCCUGACGGCGACUUUGCGUACAUGCUCGCAGACUCAGCCGCCAUGGCAGACCAAUAUGGCAGCAAGGAGAAGCUCUGCUCGGCCAUCAGCGGUCUCCGCAACGAAAAGGACGAUGAAAUUGUCAUGCAGACGUUUGCCAACUUCACCAUCAAGUUCUGGGGCGCCGACUUUGGCCCGUCCUGCUUCUACGACUCGGAAUGCGUCCGCAGCAACCCUGCUGCGUGGCAGCCGACGGCACGGUCGUGGUGGUGGCAGAAGUGCCACGAGCUCGCGUACUGGCAGAACGCGCCCGUGGUCAACAGCCUGCGCAUGUCUCUUCUCAGCAUGAACUACCACAAGCAGCGCUGCGAGUUUAUGUUCGCAAAGGGCGUCUUCCCAGACACGCAAGGCACGAACAAGUAUUACGGCGGGAAGCACCCGAACGGUACCAACAUCUUCUUCAGCGACUUCUCAGACGAUCCCUGGCAGCAGGCCAGCGUCCGCACGACGCUGUCGCCAGCGCUGCCUUACGAGCUCGUGACGUGCAACGGGUGCGGCCACUGCAUGGAUUUGCACGCACCGGACGACGAGAACGACCCCAACGCCCUCAAGCAGGGGCGCGUAGCCUUUGAGAAGCACCUCAGCACAUGGCUCAAGCCAUACACGACAACCAACUAGCUCUUUGCCCGCUCUCCCUGCACCUUUUCUUCUUUUCUGAUUGCACAUGUCUUGCUGUUGCUGUGUGGCAUCUUCACAGCUUCUCUCAUUCCAUUUUUUUCGUUGCUCGCGUUGUCGCACUCUUCACCAUCACAUCAUGUUGCAAUUGCCCCGAUGUGUACGUGUGUGUGCGUGUGCACUGUGUCUGAACGCUGAUCAUCAGCACUCAACUUCAUUGCGAACACAACACCCCAUCUUUGUUCUUCCUCAUGCUCUCUUCUGUUAUUUGCCGCCAUCUCUCCAUCAAACAGUUUAGAACGCGACA